AUGACAUUAUUCCAGACAUCAUCCCUUCUUUCUAUCACAACUUUCGCAUUGCAGGUUGCUGCUCACGGCCAUGUCGACUGGAUCAUAACCAACGGAGUAGCGUACCGAGGAUACGAUGCUCCAGCAUUUAAUUGGAAUCCAACCCAGUUCCCCGUCGCUGGAUGGAUUACCGGCGCAACUGAUAAUGGCUACGUGGAACCAAACAGCUUCUCUGACCCUGAUAUCAUCUGCCACAGAGCCGCUAGAAACGCUCGAGGACACAUCGCCGUGUCUGCUGGCGACAAGAUCAAUCUCAAAUGGAACGACUGGCCAUCAUCUCACAAGGGUCCUGUCAUUGACUACCUAGCCAAGUGCCCCGGAAACUGUCAGGACGCCGACAAGAAUGACAUUGAGUUUUUCAAGAUUGGCGAAGAAGGUCUCAUUGACCUGUCCAAGGAUAGUGGCCGCUGGGCUUCGGAUGUGCUCAUCAGCAAUGGUAACUCCUGGACCCUCCAAAUUCCUUCUGCGUUGGCUUCAGGAAACUAUGUUCUACGCCAUGAGAUCAUUGCUCUUCAUGGGGCAGGACAAAGAAACGGUGCACAGAAUUAUCCGCAAUGCUUCAACAUCAAAGUCACAGGGGGUGGAAAUGUACUGCCUGAGGGUGUCAAAGGCACCACGCUUUACAAAUCCGAUGAUCCGGGUAUCCUCUUUAAUCUCUACGUGCCCAGAAGCUCUUUGUCAUACGAUAUCCCUGGACCUACUAUAGUACCAGGUCUUCCUUCAUCAGUUGAGCAAAGAACAACAACAGCUACUGCGACAUCCAGUGCCACAAUUCCAGGCCAACAGACCACAUCUUCGUCAUCAUCGUCGUUAUCUUCUUCAUCCUCAACCUCAACAACAGCAGCAACGUCCGAUUCUUCCAGCUCUUCAUCUUCUUCAACCUCAACUAGCAGCCAAGGCACAACACUCAUAACUACGACUACCAGCAAGUCUGAUUCCACUCCGACUGGAGACAUAAUGUGUGGACCGGUGCAUGGCCUGGCGAAAUAUUCCCAGUGCGGAGGCAAGAACUACGUUGGGCAAACUGUUUGCGCUUGGGGAGCUACUUGCCAGUAUCUCUUCCCUAUGACAACUUUUGUCACUGAAGUGCUGGAGGACAGAUCACGGAGCGGAGUACAAAGAUUCACAUUCCAUCAGUACAACCCAGUCACAGCUCCUAUGAGCGCUCCAAGCAACGAGACUACCAAGCUUGCGGCGGAAUUUGUUGAUCUGAUAGGAAUAACCGAUGAACGGUAUUCAUUUGAAAUCUAUGGACCUAGGUUCUUCAAGACCCUUCCACAGCGUUUCGGCUCUCAUCCUGCUCUGGAUGAUAUGACAUCGGCCGUUAUCGCAUCGUUUCAGUCAGUUCGACUCCGGAAACAAUCCAGCCCGAGAGCACUUUCUCUGUUCGGGAAAGCGUUGAGGUCAUUACAAGAAUGCUUGAAUGACCCCAAGCAACCAGUAACUUUCAAGUUGGAAUUAGUUAUCAUGGUGAUGCUAUGUCAGUUAUGGAUUGACAACAAGUCAUCUAAUAAGCAUCGUGGAAUUAUCGCCUAUCUCCUCAAAGAAGCAGUAACUCAACGUAAAAUCAUUGACUCAAACGACCUUCGUGGUUUCUGUCUACAAGGGGUAUAUGCGGCUCUCUCUGAUCCAAAUGUUGAACUAGGGUCAUGGUACUGGGACGUCGCCCUUCAAGACCCUACCCAAGCUAGACCACAUCACUAUGAACAAGGUCUAUACUGCUUCGAACUAUGCGCCAUAGGCGAUUUACCCGUUUUUCUUCGAGAUCCAGAAAGGUAUCUGUACCAGUUAAAAUGCUACUGGAAUACGCUUUCAACUGAACGACCAAUAAUGCGUGACAAAUACGAAAUGGUUAUACCGAUGGCUUUGGCUCCGAAUGCAACUUUUAUUUCCAGGUUAAAAGCUAUUGAAUACGCCUCAGGGCACGCAAUUCUUCUAAUACAAGCCGCCCUCAUCGGGCCAACCAUCAAACCAUUUGGUGUUCUUCCUGCAUACACCGAAGAGUCUCACCAAAUAUGCGACGAAGCAAUCAUCUUGGCACAGCAGUGUCAGGCCUUCCGACCUUGUGGCUCGUCGUGGGCAGCAGAACUAUUGAAGAUGGUAUGGGCAGCACUUGAUGAUGGGUAUCGAAAGGAAGAGCUCGAGGAGCUGAUGGAUAGAUAUGCGGAAGAUGUGCAGGGGGCAGAUUAUCUUGGAGAGGCAAAGAAUAUGAGGAAUCGUUUCGAUAAGCUGGGUUGGAGUAACGAUCAGAGAUUCCUGACUGCAGCGAAGGAUGGACAAGGUGCUUCGCCGCCAUGUGUGAUACUUUGA